AUGGUUUGCUUGGAUAUCAAGCACCAGAUCCAUCCAUGGGUCACAGAAUGCAUAUUCAUCACCUUUUGCCGUCUUAGCAUAUUUCACGCCCUCCGAUGCAACGCCGCACAGAGACCGAGAAAGUCAGAACGGAAGACAGCACGCCAUUCGUGCUUCGCUCCCGUUGAUUCCCGGCGCUGCGGGCUCAUCUUGCCCGUCGCCCGCCUCAUCGCGACCCAGGCUCGCCGUGUCGGCUUGAGGGCGUCUUCCGGUUGGACAGCCCCGUCCCGAUCGGGAGCCAAGUCAACAAGGCUGCAUAUCAACAAGGUGCAUGGCGGCGAGGCCUACAUUGGUGGUCUAGCCUAA